AACCCCCGCGCUGGCUCUCGCUGCCUGUCCGAAAGUGGUGCCGUUUCGGGACCGGGGUAACACGGUGCUUUGCCAGCGUGGGUAUUGUCUGGGAGUUCUGGCAGAGCUGACAAGGGCCGGAUGCUGAGUGAAAAUGAAUAAAGACGAGCAAAUCGAUGAGGACGACGAUGACAGCGAGUUGUUUGAAGACUUCACGGAGCAUUUUAACCAGCUUGAACUGCUGGAGACGCACAGGCAUUUGAUUCCUGUGGGAACUCAGAGCUGUUGGUCAGGACAAUCCGAUGAUGACGAUGAUGAGCAGGAAAGAAGUGAGGAAUGGUAUGAAAUGCAAGAAAAGAAAAUGGAAAAAAAUCCAGAAACAUUACUACUCUGGGCAGCUGAAAACAAUCGGCUGAGUACAGUGAAGAGGCUCCUGACUGAAAAGCUGGCUCCAGUGAAUGCUCGUGAUGAAGACCAGUACACUCCUCUCCACCGAGCUGCCUACAGGGGGCACUUGGACAUUGCACACGAAUUGGUGGCACAGGGCGCCGACAUCCACGCUCAGACUGUGGACGGCUGGACACCCCUGCACAGCGCCUGCAAGUGGAACAACACAAGAGUGGCCGCGUUCCUGCUGCAGCAGGGCGCAGACAUCAACGCGCAGACAAAUGGUUUGCUGACCCCACUGCAUAUUGCUGCAGGAAACAAGAACAGCAGAGAAACCCUCGAGCUCUUGCUGAUGAAUCGCUACGUGAAACCAGACCUGAAAAACAACUUGGAUGAAACUGCCCUUGACAUUGCUAGGAGGACUGAUAUGUAUCACUACCUUUUUGAAAUAGUAGAAGACUGCAUAAAUGCCGUGUCCCCUUAAAAGCUGUGGUUAGGCUUAUGAAUGUGGGGUUUGCUGCUGCUUUCUUGUCUGUGUUGUGCAUGCUCAUCGGUGGUGGUCUGUCUCUUCGCAGCAAGGUUUUAAUGUAAUGUAAGAUACUUUAGUGUUCUCCCCGGGCAAAAUGUCACUUCUUGCAAUUCAGCUCAGUGGUCUCACUCAUAAUUUGAAGUGUUACUGCUAUUACUGAAGGUAUUCACAAAGCCUCAGUAGUUUCUGUGAGUUUCCAUUUAAUUAGUAUGAAUUUGGAGAGGGCCUUUCUAAUUUUUCUGUAGUGUCGUAGCAGUAAAGAGAACUGGAAUAUUUACUUGAUAUGAAAGAAUUCUGGCUUGGUUAGGCAGAGUUUAUUACAACUCACUUUGAAUUUUUUGAGAAAUUUUAACUUUUUUAAAACUGCAUGAAAGCUCAGAAUGAAUGUAACUUAUUUGGGUGAUACACAAAAUAUUUAAUGAUCUUGGUAUAAGGCUUAUUCUAAAAUAAAAUAUUUAACCUA